AUGCCUUCAAAUAGUUCAUAUUUUAAACGUAACGUCAAGCGGAUUGAUACAAUUUGUUCAAGGGAUUCUCAUAUUGUGCAGUUGUCUGCAGUUAGAAAUGAUGAGGUUUUCAACAAAUACAUCAUUCCAGAAAAACCAAUGUCCUCAAAAGCUACAGAAAUUACUGGAAUAAAAGUAGUCAACAAUAAAAUGUACCACAAUGAUGAGGAAGUUGAGACAGUCAGCAUUAAGGAUGCACUGAUCCAGUUUAUCGACUUCAUAAAGAAAUCGGAGUCAGAUGCUGUUCUAGUUGGACACAACUCCAAAGUGUUUGACCUUCCUGUGCUGUUCAACAUUUUGAGUAAAUUAAACAUUUUGGAGGCAUUCUCAUCUGCAGUCAUUGGUUUCAUUGAUACCUUACCUCUUUUCAAAAUUUCGCAUCCAAACUUUUCAUCAUACUCACAGUUACACCUCUUCGAAGAAAUUCUACAAGACAAAUACAGUGCGCAUGACUCAUUACAGGAUGUCUUAGCCUUGAAGAGAUUGUUGGACCAUACAGGACCUUCCCCUGAAGUCAAACUUGCUGCAUCUUUCACUUCAAACUCUGCCUUUGCCAUAUUCCAUCACAAGAACACAACAAAAAGUCUAAUGAGCACACUAAAGCCUUUAUUGGACCAAAAGGUGAUUUCGAAUGGAAUGGGAAAUAAGAUUGCCAGCAGUGGACUCUCUUUAUCACACUUACAACUGGCUUAUCGCAGAAAUGGUAGGGAGGGAGUACAGGAUGUGCUGACAGAGAUAACAGAUAACAGUGUGCGUGUGACAAAAUCUAGAAAAAUCAUUGAUUCUGUUGCAGAUUUUCUCAGAUCUGAGCAAAACCUUUGGGAGAGGGAAAGGCUAAGGAGUAAACCCUACAGAAAUCCGGAGUACCACAAGGCUGUUGGUAUAACCACACUUCUGGCAACUCUGACCGUGCCACAGAAAUUGGCCGUCCAGGUUGGGACGUCAGCCCGGAAAGGCAGCUACCUAGCUAGGAGAAGAUAA